UGCAAAUAAACGAUGAAUAAUUUAUUUGACUUUCGACACGAAAGAGCUGAAAUGUUGAUUUGUCGACAUGACAACCUUGCAAAAGGAGAGCAUUUUUAUCGUAUCUGAAAAGUGAUAUGAAUAAUGAAAAAUGUGUGCAGCCUAGAGUACACUUGGACAUUCUCAACAGUGAGACAAUAGAACUAUGUUAUAUUUAAGAUGAAACAAACUUAUUACACCACCGUGAUGCCGAAUUAAACGUUUGGACAAUGCUGUCGGUGCUGAUUCAUUCUAUUUUAUUUUGAAAGCAUUUCAAAUGGAUUCUUGUAUUUCAAGUUAGUGUCUAUGUGUUAUACACUAUUUCCUGGAUGAACCUCCUUUUACAAAAAUAUAGGAUCCUUGGUAAGAAGGGUGAGGGAACCUUCUCAGAGGUUCUCAAGGUCCAGGCGAUCAAGGAUGGUUCCUAUAGAGCUUGUAAAAAGAUGAAACAAACUUAUGAAAGCAUUGAGCAGGUGAACAACCUGAGAGAGAUACAAGCCAUGAAACGCCUGGCACCUCAUCCAAAUGUCUUGGAACUGCAGGAAGUCAUCUUUGACAAGAAGUCCGGGACUCUUGUACUCAUCUGUGAGUUGAUGGAGAUGAACAUCUAUGAGCUCAUCCGAGGCAAGAGUGAAGUCCUACCUGAAGACUCCGUUAAGCGUUAUAUGUAUCAGCUAGUCAAGUCUGUCGAUCACAUGCAUCGGAAUGGUAUCUUCCAUCGAGAUGUCAAACCAGAGAACAUUCUUAUCAAGGAAGAUUUGUUAAAACUGGCAGACUUUGGUUCAUGUCGAAGCAUUUAUUCUAAGCAACCUUACACAGAAUACAUUUCCACGAGAUGGUAUCGAGCCCCAGAAUGUCUACUCACAGAUGGGUAUUACACAUACAAAAUGGAUAUUUGGAGUGUUGGCUGUGUUUUUUUUGAGAUUCUCAGUUUGCAUCCUUUGUUUCCUGGCUCCAAUGAAGUUGACCAGAUUGCAAAAAUUCAUGAUGUCAUGGGAACACCGGAUCUUGCUGUACUUAACAAACUGAAGAGGUCUAAAAGUAUGAAUUUCAACUUUCAACCAAAGAAAGGAACUGGAAUAGAGAGGCUUCUGACUCACGUCUCACCUGAAGCUAUUGAACUCAUUUACCUUAUGUGCACUUAUGACCCAGAGGAGCGAAUCACUGCCAGGCAGGCUCUAAAACACUCGUACUUUAAAGAUAUGAGGGAUAUGGAGAAGAGAAUGUCCAUUCAAGCGAGACAGAGGAUGAUACAACCAAUAGAUGAAAGAGAGCCUUCAAUCAGAGAAGACAACGAAGUGUCUGAGAAGAUCAUUCAGUUAGAUGAGGAUCCUUCAUCCCCCUUGAAAACUAGAAUGACAGAAAUCACCAUGUACCCGACACUGCCCAAAGCUCAGUCCCACCCUACCCACCCCUUCAAAGGCAGAAGACGGAUCAAGAGAAUGACAGAAUCUCAACACUACAGCAACCAUAAUGGAUCACUACCCAGAAUGCCCAUGCAUCCUGCCACCUUCAACCCCACAUUCCACACAACCAGUUUCCCCACAUCUUUCAAACUGCCUGGCGGACAAACUCUGCUACCAAAAAUCAACAACAACUACAAACCUAACAAGUCACCGACCAAGACUUCCAAAGCAGUCUUCAGCUCAUACCAGUAUACCUUACCUUCCCUUGACCCAGGGCGGUAGCUUUAUGUCAUGUGACAUGCUGGUCUUUGUCAAACUUUAAUCUGGUCAGGAUGUACCGUCAUAUUCUCUACAUUACAGUGUGAAUAGAACAACACAAUAUAUACAAUUUAACUCUAUGAAUCCAGAUUUUGUGUUUUCUUUGUAUUCUCACUGAAAAAGCCGAAGAUCAAUUGUGGAUGCAAGCAUCAGGAUUUACAUAGUAGAUGUCAAGGGGCCGAGUUAUUUACCAUGUACCAUUAUUAGAUCCUAACUGGAUGAUAUAAAUGUUUCUUUUUUUCUUUGUUAAUGAAAAAGUUCAACGCAUUAAUUUGUAUGUAAAUUGUAGAAAAGCUUUUUUCUUUCUUUUUUUUUUUAAACAUAAACAGCAAAAGUUCUACAAAAGCAAACAUUCCUUACACCAGUUAUAAAAACUAAGUAAAUUAAUCUAUAAUAAUCUAUUUAAAAGUGCAUUAUAUAGAAUGAAAAAUAUUAUGUUCUUCAGAUUUUUAAAAAAUGCUGUUAAGCAUGUUCACAUAAUUCAAAAGGCCUAAUUAAAAAUGCAAUCUAAUUUAGAUCAAAAGUCCAUUAAUAAAACCCUUUGAGUGGAACCUCCACAUAAUAAUUUUCUCAUUUCGACUCUAUCUCUAUAUAGAAACAUCGACAUGUUUCUUAAAACAUGGCAUAUUAAAAAAAACAUGUUUUCAUUCUGGUAAAAGUGGUUGGAUUUCUAUCUGUGAUUUUAUAUCAGCAAUAAUAUUUUGUAUUCAUAUAAGUUUUUUUUAUGUGAAUAAAUAAUAUUUUUGUAUUAUAAAUCUAUUCUGAAAUAAUUAUUUUAUUAGUCAUUUUUACUUAUUAUCAUUAUCUUUUUUUACAUUUCUGAUUUAUUGAAAGUAUGUUCAACUGUGAUAUUCACAAAGUAUUGUAUUUAUUAAGAAUCCAUCUUAAUUUUGAUUGGUGAGAUUAAAAGCAUGUUAGACCUAUAUGGUACAAACAGAAUUAAUGUAAGUGGUUGUUUUUCCGCUUUCACUUCUGACACCUUAUAUUACAUGGUUUGACAGAUACCUUAUGUUAAAUGGUUUGACAGAUACCUUAUGUAAAUGGUUUGACAGAUACCUUAUGUAAAUGGUUUGACAGAUACCUUAUGUAAAUGGUUUGACAGAUACCUUAUGUUAAAUGGUUCAAUAGAUAUCUUAUGCUAAUCAGCCUGACUGAUACUUUUUUAAAACUGGUAUUCUGAGAAAGCUAAUUGGGUUAGAGAGUAUAAUAAAUUUGUAUUGUGAAAAUAAUUUUACUAAGUGAAGUUUAUAUCAAGAUGCUUACAGUAUUAUAAUUUCUUCACUAUCUUUUUAUUUUAAUGCCUGAUGUGAAGUUAAUGUCAAUUGUAUUAUUUUCACAAUGUUAAUAUGUACGUAUUAAAAUGUAAAAAAAUAAUUUUAAGGUUCUUGCAGAAAUUACUGAUAAUUAUUGAUAUUUAUAACUGUAUUAAUACAAUCUAUCACUAUAAUAACAUAAACACAAAAUAAUAUACUUCAUAAAUAUAUUACAUCAUAUUUCUCAACACCAGGAUACAAAGGCAUCCUACUUAAUUGAGCCAUAUAGAAAAUGUUUUUGUAGAACAAAAAUGAAUGUUUAAACAAUAAACAAAUUCCACUUUUUUAUAAACCUUCACCUUCUUUGGAGAUUUCGGCUAUGUAACCUGAAAAAUUCACACAUUUUCAAAUUGUCACUAAUAUUCAAAAUACUUAACAAAGCUUUGCUAAUGUCACAACUCAUGUUAAAAAAAAGGGAGGAUAAUCUGACCCCAUGUAAAACAGACCAGCUUCCCUUACCACCUACAUUACCAGUAAAAUAUUAGAAAAUGUUUUGUGCAGGGACAUCAUAUUAACAUUUACAUAUAUUUCAAACUGUACACUAAAAUAUUUCUUUAAAUUAAAGAUUUUAAUAGAUUUUUCUGACAUAAUGAUAAAUGAACAGAUGCCAUUUUAAUAGACUUCUCAAAAGCAUUUGACUUUGUCCAACUACUUAAUCUAUUGUAAAAAAAAAAAUAAAGUGCUUUGGAUAAUCUGUUCCGAUUCUUUUAAAGGAUCCCAACUUUUCCUCUACAGAUCUGCUUGUAAUUCUAAUUGUUGCACAUUCAACAUCAAUAAUAGUUUACUCAGAAGCUAAUUCUUUAGACCCUUUUUUUUGUUUUUUAUUUGUUUAGAAACUUUAGAUAAUAUACCUGCUUGCAAAAGACUGGCCUUAUCUCAAGAGUAUCUGCAAAUGCAAAUAUAUCACAAUGCAAUAAUAUGAAGUGAUCUAAAUAUCACAGAAUCUGGCACUUACAAGAGAUACUUCAUUUUCUAAGACGCUAACUCCAUCUUGUCUGUCACAGUUAAAACUGAAAAUGUUUGGGGGAUGAUGGGAAGACUGCAGUGUACACAACAUGAUAUAAAAACAAGAUUAGAAAAUAUAACCCAUACUUUUUGUUGUAUAUUUCCCCAUGAAAUAGGAUGAAAAAUUACUAUCAACUUCUCUUCUAUAAAAUAAUAAAAAUCAUUCCAUUUUAAUAACUCUAAAUUAUUGUUCAAGUUUAGUAUUAGUUGAGCUUGGAGAUCUAUAAAAGGUCUUCUGGGAUAAGUUUUUUAUAUCUUUAAACCAAAGUAGGUGUUGAUAAAAAGUAUAUAGAUGCAUCAGCUCAACGUUGUUGUCUUUGAACAAAGAGAAACCAUUUUUUUUAUGUUGAUGAAAUGUUUUUGUAUGUGCAAGAUUUCUUUUGUGUAACCUCACAAGUGGUGUAUAUAGUUAGUUCACUUUCUCAACCAUUGAUUUUUUGUAGAAAUAUGUAUUUAAUUUCUUUUAUAUAAUUUUUUUUAGUAAAAAAAUCUUCUGUUAUUAAUUAUUUAAAAACUGGUUUUAACAUGAAAAUAAGUCCCUGUUUUUUAAAUUUAUUUAUAUAUUUACAUAUAUUUUUUAAAGACACUGUUUUUCAUAAGUGGUUAACAAGAAUCCAUGAACUUAUAUACUUUUAUUUUUAUUGUAAAUUUUACACUUGUUUGUAACAACUCUUAUAAAAUAUUGUUUUGUAAACUGAGACCAAUUAGUAAAAUUGAUUCAUGAUUUUCAUGCUGCUUUGCAAUUGUCUCUUUAUGAUACCAUAUAGCUUUUUUAAUAUCAUAAUAUCGAUAAUGCUUUCUUUUUUUGUCUCUUAUGAACAUAAUUUCUUAUUAUUUGAUGAUUAUAGUAUUUCAAAAAUCAAAAUACACAAAAAUAUUUUUAGCUAUCUGAAUUUUCCCAAAAGGUGGGCGAACACAAUUUGGACUCAAAAAUUGUGUGUUUUGUUUCAAUUCUAGCUUAUCUUUUUCAUUUUUUUAAAAGGACAUCUGAUGCAAAUAAAAAUCUUUGACAUCUUUACUUUCAGACUUAUAUCAAGAAUAAAAUUGAUAUCUAAUUGCCA